AUGCGGAGGACUGCUUUCCAGCAACAACAGGUCCGCCACUUUCACCCUACUGGGUCGAGGCCUUUUAUCGCCGAGGCUCUUAGCGUCUCAUCUGGGUUCAUCUAUGCUAUCCAUUCUGUCACCGGUCUCCCUUGGGCGGUAUCCCUCCCAUUGACGGCAUUGGUGGUGCGGACGACUGUCGCCAUGCCGUUGCAAAUCUACACCAAGAUUCAAGCUCGGAGAGAGCGUGACACGAUUCCUCUUCUUCACGCCUGGCGCGAGUACUACCAGAAGGACCUGAGAAAGCGCAAAUCAUCCGGCCAGCUCGCACUCCCUGGAGGCGCCAGGACGGAAGUGCUAAAAGCCAUGGCGACGAAACAGCGAGCCUUGCACAAGCGCUGGAAUGUCGCUCGGUUCUGGAAGCCCUUGAACUUCCUGCAGAUCCCGAUCUGGCUCUCCAUCAUGGAAAGCAUCCGAGCUAUGUCGGGCAGCACGAGCGGGCUGGUUCCCUACCUUCUUACCUUCCUGGAGUCGCCUGAGGCAAGCGCCGCUCUGAAAGGGGCUGUGGAGCCCUCUCUGGCUACUGAGGGCGCGCUGUGGUUCCCGGACCUGAUGGCGGGUGACCCGACGGGCAUUCUUCCGGCCGUGAUGACCGCCUCGAUUAUUCUCAACAUCCGGACCGGCUGGAAGGCCCCGGCCCUUUCCGAAUUGUCGGACCUCCCGCGCCUGGAGCUGGCGAAGAAGCUGUCGGUGAAAGGCCUCAGAGCAUUCAUUCAAAUUCUCGCGCUGAACGUCGGUCUAUCGUCUUAUUAUCAUCAAUUGCCUACGGCGCUUAUGCUCUAUUGGAUCACUAGUACGAACACUGCCACGUUGCAGACCUAUCUUCUGGACAAGUACAUGAUCUUCAACCAGCCCCUGAAGCCUUGGAGACAAAUGCAUAUUGCGUACACGUUGCCAAAUGAACAAUCGCCCGAGAAAUCAAAAUAA